UCCUUUAAGAGCAUUGGGGCUGCCGUUCUGUUGGCGGAACAGCCGUUGCCGCGGUGAUGAUUGUGACCCAACACUUGAGUCGCGGAAGCCGUCCAGUCAAUGGCUUAAUGUGGGAACCAGCGGAUAUCGGAAAGGAGUCGGCGGAGAGAGCUUUGCACAGAGCGUGAACAAUGGACUUGGACAAUGAAGACCAAGAUGUGGAGGACACGAACGAAGAGCUGGAGGCCCUCAAGGAGGAAGCUCUCCUCCUCGUUGACAAAGUGAUUAAAGGGGCAACGGACACCGUUAGAGACCUGAAGAAGAAAGAAGAAGCUGCAGCUGCCAAAUACAAAAUACCCAACAUCCAGUGGAUGGAGUGCAGAGACUUCACUGUAGGAAAAGGGCUGCUGCAGAUCGAGGAAUAUAUGAGAGUAAGACGUGGGAGCUCCACGAAAGCUGGCUGCACUGGAUCAACUACCUCAGCGAGGAAGAGCUCGAGUACAGCACGCGGUACCACUACCGGGUGCGGUGGAGCAUCCCCACGUGCCGCAAGCCCAUCCCGCGAGCCACGGCCUGCGUCUUCUUCAUCCUCGAGAUUUCCAAAGUCAGGCCUGAUACUUUGCCCAUCGAAGUAUACUUUGUGGUGGAGACAAACAAGCUCAUUCACAGGCCGGUAGAAUCUCGAUUUAAAGAAAAAUGGCUCAAAGACGUCAUUGAGAGCAAAACUUGCCUGAUGGAGAUGAUCAACUUUUAGUACCGUUGGAACUGCAGUUAGUUAAAAGCUCGUAUGCAUAUUUUCCUGCUUUUCCUAUUUGGAAAUAAACAUUUCAUUCCUCUGUAA